UCGACCCCUGCAACCACAAUUAGGCGAGUACAAUUAGGUGAGUACUCAGUGUAUACACAUGGGGAGAGUGUCGCUGGAGGUCGUCUGCUGCCCAGUAGCGCUUCAAGGUCAUCGAGGUUACAUGUACGGAAUACAAUCAAAACUUACCUCUAAAUUCAUACGAUAAAACGCUACUCACGGUUACACUUUUAAGUAAUAAUUUAAAAAAUAGUCGGUAAAAAGUCCAAGAUUUAGCAAUAGCCAUUUGUAAAGGGUAUUUUUUAUAUUUUUGUUUCUCCAUGGUAGGUGUUCUCUCUGGCAGUGUAAACAAGAGCUAUGGCUACCCGCAGGAGGACCUACUCUUCUGGCUCUGAUGCUUCAGAUCGAUUUAUAUCCAUUAAUGAGCGACCUGUAGACGAUAUAUCCGUGGAGUUCUUCUAUAAACCGCAUAGCAUUACGUUGCUUAUAUUUAUUAUUUCUGGAUUGAUCUAUUUCGUUUUUACUAGGAAUGAAAAUGAGAGUGUUCAGUCAAAUAUACAGUAUGGAUUGGGAGCCAUGGUUUUCUUUUUCCUCAUCAUUAGUGUCAUGGCAUUUCCAAAUGGUCCUUUCACUCGACCACAUCCUGCUGUUUGGCGCAUUGUCUUUGGUCUCUCAAUAUUGUACAUGCUUUUGCUACUCUUCAUAAUCUUCCAGGAUUACAGAACAGUUCGAAGCAUGUUUGAGUGGCUCUUCCCUGAGCUGAAGAACUUCACCAUUGAUAUGGAUAAGGGUGAAUGGGGAGAGAAGUGUGAUGAUCUCACAUUUGCACGACUGUGGGAGAGCAUCGACUUUUUCUGCUUUGCACACUUUGCUGGAUGGACUAUGAAGACCCUGCUUGUACGACAUUAUGGCAUCUUGUGGACUAUCUCAGUCAUGUGGGAGAUUACAGAGACUGCAUUUUCACAUUUGUUGCCAAACUUUAUUGAAUGUUGGUGGGAUGCAGUCAUUCUGGAUGUUCUUCUGUGCAAUGGUUUCGGGAUAUGGUGUGGAAUGCAAAUUUGCCACUUGAUGGAGAUGCGGUACUACAAUUGGGAAAGCAUCAAGGACAUUCAGACCACAACUGGCAAGCUGAAGCGUGCUGUGCUACAGUUUACUCCGGAGUCGUGGACAGCCAUGAGAUGGUUAGAUCCUGCUUGCACCUAUAUGCGUUUUUUGGCAGUAUCACAGCUUGUGGUUUUCUGGCAACUCGCAGAGCUUAAUACCUUCUUUCUAAAGCACAUCUUUCAAAUGCCUCCAAGCCAUCCACUUGUAUUCAUGAGGAUAUUCCUGCUUGGAGCCACAUCUGCUCCAACAAUAAGGCAGUACUACAGCUAUGUAACUGACCCGAGGUGUAAGCGCGUAGGAACUCAGUGCUGGGUAUAUGCAUUGUGUAUGUGUAUUGAAUCUUUGAUCUGCAUCAAGUUUGGGGCAGAUAUUUUUCAGCACACUCAGAUCCGCAAUAUCAUUGCAUGGGUGUUGGUUCAGGCUGCAGGAUCAGUAAUGUGUGUGUACUUAUGUGUCACACACCAUAGAUGGCAACGAAAGCGGCAAAUAAAAGUGGAGGAUUCUCUGGACGAGGACACAGAGACUGACUCAAAAGUGUCUACAUACAUUCAGUCUCUUCCCCGCAAGACCGUGACUCUGAGUACUCCUGAGGACGAGGACAGUGAUGAUGAAGCUGAGGGUCCAACAAAAGUACACCGUAGGAGAAAGAAUCCCCAACUGAGGCGAAUACCGCUGUACAAUGUGUAUGCUGCGUUACACAGUAUAAGACUCUCCAGACACUAUGGGCUUUCAGCUGUCUACUUUCAAGUAUAGGACCACACAUACCAAGUUCCUGCUGUUAUCCUCACAUUCACUGGUAAGUCUUCAUCAUUAAGUUACUUCAGUUUUCACACUCAAGAAUGGUGACACCAGCACCAAGUAAGAGAGUUCUCAUCACUCUCAAAUUAAGAACAUCACCACCAGUUCCUGAACUAUGUUCAUUAUUGUUGAUUCAGAUUUUCUGUCAAACUGUAACAGUUGGUGUUGAUAUGCUUAAUUUUCAGAAGAAAAAAUAAAAAAAUUAAAUAAUUUUGUCCCAAAAAAGAGGACAGGAUACUUUUGGGUAGAAACAAGAAUUUGUUACAAAGAAGGAAAAUCCAGAGAGAAAAUGAGAAAGUAAAUUUUGUUUUGUAAUACUGUGAAAGUAGAAUAUAUGCACUUGUUGCACUCCAUUAAGCUGAAAAUGAAUUAUAUUAAAGGGGACAAAGCGCACUGUAAAUCAUGUCUCAGAGCCUUACUGGUGUGUUGUAAACACAGGUACUGCCUUGUGAGUGGCUCCUCAGAAUUUGGAAAAUCAUCUUGUAUAUAAUUUUAUCAUUACUAUAGUAUAACAGGGUUUUCAGUACCUUCUGAAUUGAUCAGGUCCUGUUAUUAUUUUUAUUUUUCUGAUUACUGCUAUGAUAAUUAACUUUUCAUACUUUUCUCAAGUAGAAUGAUAAGGAUUGUAUUAUUAUUUUUUGUUGUAACAUUACAUUUAGAUAUUGUAGAAUGUAUGAUGUUUUGCUUAUGGCAAAAAUGCAUCUACUUAAUAAACCAUACAGAUAAGAUAUUUGUAAUCCUUUUUGUUAUGCAUUAAUUUUUCUCUUUAUUAAAUAACUUUUCUUACAUGUAGGUUCUUUUAAUUUGAUGUACUAAUAAACAGGAAUAUAAAUGUAAAUAGCUAAUAUUAUUUUUAAGUAGAGUAUUGCAAUUUUUUUCAUCACUUUUUAAUGUCUGCUGUUGUUACACAGUAUAGUGCUUUAGAUGAAGAUUUUACUUCUGAUGGAAUGUACUAGAUCCCUUUUAAAUUCACUGUGCACUGUACAGUAAUCCUUCAUAAAAUGACUUGAAUUUGCUUAGUGAAUCAUUAUACACUUGUGAACAAUUUCACUUAGUGAUGUGCUGUAGCCCAACCUGUAAUUACUUACUUUAAACAAGUGAAAACAAGACCUCAAUAUUUCUGUACAAAUUUUUAUCCAAAAAAUGUAUGAACCUAUUGCACACACCUGGAGAGUAUUCUGGGAGUUAAUGCCCCCUGUGACCAGGUCCAUGACCAGGCCUUGCAGUGGAUCAGGGCCUGAUCAACCAGGCUGUUACUGCUGGCUGCACACAAACUGACAUACGACCCACAUCCUGGCUGGUCAGGUACUGACUUAGGUAUCUGUCCAGCUCCCUCUUGAAGACAGUCAAAAGUAAUGGAAAAAACAAUAAAAGUACAGUGGAACCUCGAACGCCCCACCAUGCGAAUUUUUCAGGAUACGAACCGUUGUUUGGUCAAUUUUUUGCUUCUGGAUAUGAACGAAAUUUCAGGAUGCAAACUUCCCCCUCAAGGGAGGUUCCUUAACCUUUUGGGGGUUUCGGCCGUACUAGUACGGCUUACGACCCAGGGUUUUUGUCGUACUAGUACGCCUAAAUUCUAGUGCCCUCAAAUCUAGUGGGAGGAAGCUGGUAGGCACAGUAUAAAAAAAAUCCUGCAGCACACAGUGCAUAAUGAGAAAAAAAAACUUGGAACCUUUUUUUGGAAUAAAACAGCGACUUUGCACUGUAUUUUCGUAUGGUAUUUAUUGUUGUAUUCUAGUUUUCUUGGUCUCAUUUUAUAGAAUAGAAGACAUAUUACAGAAAUUGAGAUGAUUUUGACUGGUUUUACAAUGAAAAGUACCUUGAAAUUGAGCUCAAAGUAGCAGAAAUGUUCAAUUUUUACCAAAGUUCAAAAGUAAACAAAUCAUGCCAAGCGUCAAAUACACGUCAACUGGCGAGUCUAAUAGUCUUUCGCAAGUGCGCCAAUAUUAUUUAUACCAUUUUUUACACUAAUGCUGUAGUCUGCAUAACAGUAAAUCUUCUAUUUUUUGUGAGAAUAAAAAUUCAAAUUGGAAAGCAAAAGAAUGUAAGAGGGGCCUUGAGACGUGACUAAUGAACAGAGGAAAUGUCAUUUUAGUGCCAAGAAUGUCUUUCUUGUUUAUUCUGAACCCUAUUCGGAAAUUGGCAUCUUUUGAAAUUUGUGCGAAAUUGGCAAAAUUGCCAAAUUCUGACCACUGUACUGGAUAGUUGAAAUUGGUAAUGGGUGGUUUCUUGCACUCAUUCGAUAGAAAAAAUGGAGUUCUAGCGAAAUAUUCAUGUUUUUUGUCGACUAGUAGUGUGGAAUUGGCCAAAAAUGGGGCUCAAAGUGGGCAAAAUCGCCGAUGCGUAAACAUGGUUGAGACCGCUAACUUUGCAAGAGCAUAAUUCCGUAGUUUUCCAUCAAAUUUCAUACUUUUGGUGUCAUUAUGAUCGGGAAAAGAUUCUCUAUCUUUUCAUAAGAAAAAAUAUUUUUUUUUUUUAAAUUUGGCCAACCCUGAGAACGAGUCUCGGAGAGGGCCUGUCGACCCUCAAAGGGUUAAAUAAAUAAGUAAAUAAAUAAAAUAUGCUUCUAAGCUGUUGUAUUCUGAGCACCUCUGCAAAAACAGUGAUUAUGUGUGAGUGAGGUGAAAGUGUUGAAUGAUGAUGAAAGUAUUUUCUUUUUGGGGAUUUUCUUUCUUUUUGGGUCACCCUGCUUCGGUGGGAGAUGGCCGACUUGUUAAAAAAAAAAAAAAAUUUCUUUGCUAAGGUUACAAUCUGUGUUUACAUAUAAUAUGAUUGAAGCAAAGAAAGCCACUAUCAUGCCAAGGCAUUUCUGGCAGACUUAACCUAAUACUAAUAGACUUCUUAAGUCUAGACAGGUGAAAAGUGUACUAGUAGCGAUUACCAGUGUUUUGCUGAUGGUGGCGGCAACUACUGGCAGCCUUUUGAAGUUUCUUCUUACUGUUGUUGUUAUUAUUAUAAUUAUUAUUAUUCUUUCUUUCAAUACACCGGCAGUAUCCCACCGAGGCGGGGUGGCCCAAAAGGAAAAACGAAAGUUUCUCUUUUUAAAUUUAGUAAUUUAUACAGGAGAAGGGGUUACUAGCCCCUUGCUCCCGGCAUUUUAGUCGCCUCUUACGACAUGCAUUAAUUAUAAUACGUGUGUAUUAAUAAUAAUAAUAAUGAUAAUAUUUAUAAUACGUAUGCACUACUAAUACUCCUACUACUACUAAUAAUAAUAAUACAAUAUAUGUAACAGUAAUAAUAAUACAUGUAAUAUGUAAUUUUUAGACAUUUUUUGUAUUUUUUUUCAUAUUUUUGUGCCAAAUGCUUCAAAAUAGAAAUUGGUAUCCCUCUGGGUAGCUGUAGGUACAGCUGCUAUGACUAAGUGUCAAAAGGAAGAGGUGUGCCGCUCAGAGUGACCGCAGCAGACCUUGGGAUGCGUAAUUUUGUCUUAUAUUGUAUAAUGUUCUUACACAAUGCCUCGCUCAGAGACAGUAUUUGAGUACAAUCAGCAAGAAGCUCAGGAAGCGAUUAGAAGCUAUGAAAAAAGCUAGAGAAAUGAAGAAGGCAGCAGCAUAGAGUGGAGCAGCUGGCUACCACUACCACCACCACCACCACUGUGGCCACAGAUAUCAUGUCUUCACCUAUAUAUACAUCUGUCUUGACCACACCUGUGGUUACAUGUGUGACAACCUCACCACUAAUUGUAGAUAAACACAAGCUAGGUGUGGGGCUAUGGACUGGGACCUCUUCAAGGGGGGCUCCUUGGCGUGGUGAAGAGGCUCUUGGUCUGAGGAAUUAGACCUGUCGGUCUACUUCCUCAGACCGAACCUAAUUACCCCCCAAUCCCCCGUUCCCUAUCCCAUCCUCCCCUUUUUCCUUUCCUCCUCCUCCUCCCCACCCCUCCCUUUUGCCCUUCCUUUUUUUUUUUUUUUUUUUUUUUUUUUCCCACAGGCACGCUAGUUCCUAGGUAGGGGAAAGGGUACCGGGGUCCAUCCCAUUCCGUUGAGGUUCUUGGUGGUGGCGUAGUUUGCCGUGGAAUCUGGAUUGCCUGGGGAUGUCCUGAUCCCUCUCCGGUAUCCCGGAGGAUGGCUUUGGGUGUCUCUCGGGCGACGGGUGUAUCUCUGGAAGCCACCUUUCGGAUUCCGGGGGUGGUGGCCGAAGGAGGUAUGCUUUGUGGCGGAUUUCUGGCCGCCCUCUCUUUUGUCCACCGAGAUAGCUCGGCAGAUGUGAGGUUGCUAUCCCGGAUUGCCGGUUUACUGGCAUGAUGGGUAGGGUAUGGCACGGGUUCCAUGCUGCAUCUGUGCUACUUGCGGUGCUGAGGUCCUCUUGGGCGCGGAGGGAGAUUUCUGGCCCUUUCAUUCCUCCUAGGAACUAUCCCUCCCCGGUCCCCCCUUUUUUUAUUCUUUUUUUUUUUAUCUUUAUUUUCUUUCUUUUUUUUUCUUAAAAACAAAAAGAAAGAAGUAACCUAACCAUGGCAGCCCUAGUCCAUGAACCUGCUACCCCCGGGCCCCUUCUUGAUACCGCACCUCGUUCUGACCCCGCCUUGUCUUUGGGCCACUCUUCGGACACUCCUCAUGCCUCUGUACCUCUUGCCGGUGCUGUUUCCUCACCCGCUUCAGGUACUGAGGCCUCGACUGACUCCUUCGAUUUAUCUGACCUUCGCUCUCCUCUGACUAUGCUUCCGGCCUCUCCCUCUACGGUGCGGCAUUUUUCGAAUCGCUGGCCCGUUCCACGUCGGACCAACUCUGGUCCCACGCCUAAAUGACAACGACAAUUACCUGCUGAUGAUACUUCUCCACCUUCUCGUUCUUCUCAGAAAAGAUCGACACGUCCUUCACUACCUUUCCACGCUCAGUUUCAGACUGCACAGUGGACUAAAUUCUUCACUUUACGACCGACUUCCUCUACUGCCUAUCUUUCUGACCACAGUAUUGGCAAGGCACUCCUACGCCAUGUUGGUAAAGAUAUUUCUUUUCAUGCUCCUAAGAGCGGUACGCGCAUCGUCACCGUACAGAAUGCUACCCAGGCUCAUGAGCUUUCUCGUCUUUCCCAUAUCGAUACUGUUCCUGUAACUAUUGAAAAGCAUCAUUCCCUCAAUUCUUGUAGUGGUACCAUCAUUCUGCCCCAUACCAUAGUUCAACAAAAUUUCCAGACAUGUGGCACUGACAUUCUUGAAUAGCUGGAACUCCAAGAUCUCCCAAUCCUCAAGGUAGACACUUACGUUCUUCCUGCCCGCGGGCGGAGACGAUACCCUAGCAAUGUGGCUCGUUUAACUUUUGACAGCCGUGAACUCCCAUCCUCAGUUUAUGUAGCAGGACAUCGGUUACAAGUUCGAAAGGUGAUACCUACACCGCAACAGUGUAGAAAUUGCUGGCGAUUUGGCCAUCCAGCGAAAUAUUGCAGAUCUAUCGCCGAAUGCCCAGUCUGUGGUGCCGAUGACCAUUCUAAUACGUCUUGCAAUCGACCUCCCUCUUGCCUUUAUUGUCAUGAGGCUCACCCUUCGUACUCUCGCCGUUGUCAAGUCUACUUAAACGAGCGGGAAAUCCGUUACCUCAAAGAGGCAGAAGGUCCCCCUUAUGCCAUGGCAGUUUCUCAUCUCCGCCUCCAAGGGAGACUACCUCGUGUUUCUUAUUCCCGUGUUUCAAAACGUCCCCCCACUUCUGGUAUCCCAUCUUCUGCACCCACCUCUGUGGUUACCUCUCCCAUAGUCACUCCUGUAGCUAAUUCUUUUGCUGUCCUCAGCUCAGACGUCCCUACUUCAACGUCUCAGUCUGAUCUUGCUUCUUCGUGUUCUCUCUCACAAGCCUCAGUAGCGACGAGAUCUCGUAUGACACCUCCUCCCAAUCGUCCCACUACUUCUCAAAAGUCUAAAAAAGGUCCGUUAACACCUCCUACCCAUCUUCCACCUCCUCAUUUUCCCUUCCCUGUCUCUGUACCUGGUUCUCCCCCUCUCACUGGGUCUGUUACAAGUGUAGAGGUUCACCCUCCUCCUCGUACUGUACCUUCCUCCCCUGUUCCCUCCCAAGUUUCUUCCUCUUCGGCCACCUCCCAGGUUUCUGCCUCUUCUGUCCCCUUCCACGCUUCUCCAGUUCCCUCCACCCUUCCGUCCCCCCCUACCUUGGUACAGUUCAUUACAGUUCCAAUCUUUACUCAUCCUCCCCCUACCAUUUCCAAUAUUGUCUCCCAUACAACGUCUCUGAAUUCUGAAACACUUGAAGCAAUCUCUGAAUAUAUUGCAGAGACCAAACCAUCAAUGGACACUGAUCCACCCUCCGCUCCUUCUCUCUCCUCUACUCCAUCUGCGCAACUCCUUUCUUCACAGCGCACCGUUCCUUCGCUGCUUGAACAUUUUCCACUGCCUCCGCAUGUGGACUUUUCUAACCCCUCUAGUCCGUAGGAACCCUUACCUGCGGAUUUCAGGUAUCUUUAUCAUUGCCAAUCAUGGCCUAUUUACAGUGGAACAUACGCGGCCUCAGGGGUAAUCGGGGUGAGCUUCAGAUGUUACUCUCCCAGUUUUCCCCUGUUGGUGUUUGCUUACAGGAACCAAAAUUACACUCUGCUGUUAUCUCUCCCAUCUCAGGCUAUAAUUUAUUGUAUUCUUCAAAUCCUUUUCCUGAUGGGACCUUUAAUGAAAGUGCCCUUCUUUUACGCACUGAUAUUCCAUACCAUCAGCUAUUUGUUCGUACUUCGCUGCAUUACACAGCAGCCCGUAUCCACUUGCAUAGGUGGUAUACGCUCUGUUCUUUAUAUCUCUCUCCUUCUCGGGCAUUAUCUAUUCCGGAUAUUGCCUUUCUUGUUUCGUCAUUACCACCACCGAUUCUGUUACUUGGUGAUUUUAAUGCCCACCAUUUCCUCUGGGGGGGGUCUCACUGUGAUUCCCGUGGCAUUCAGUUAGAGGCUUUUCUUGCCACCCACCCCCUCCAUGUUUUAAAUACAGGUACUCACACCCAUUUUGAUCCUCGGACUCACACUCUCUCUUGCAUCGAUCUCUCAGUCUGCUCUUCCUCCGCCGCAUUAGACUUCACUUGGUCUGUUCUUCCGGACUUACAUGACAGCGAUCAUUUCCCAAUCAUUCUUACUUCCCCUUCAUAUUCACCACCUCUUCGCAUCCCAUGCUGGCAAUUUGAUCAGGCAAAUUGGAACCUUUACUCACACCUAACUGUUUUUAGAGAGGUUCCUUCUUUGUCCUCCAUCGAUGAGCUUUUACACCUCUUCUCGUCCGUUUUAACCGCAGCUUCUCAUUCUAUACCCCAAACUUCGGGCAGGCAUUCUCAGAAAUGCGUGCCUUGGUGGUCUCCUGCUUGUGCUCGUGCAGUACGUUUGAAACGCGCUGCAUGGGGCAGGUACCAGUACAAUAGAACCACAGAGAGACUUCUUGAAUUUAAGCAGAAGCGUGCGAUCGCUCGCCAUGUCAUCCGUGACGCUAAACGCAUUUGCUGGCAAGAUUAUGUCUCCACCAUCACCUCUGCUUCCUCUAUGAGUGCAGUCUGGAAAAAGUACGAAAACUGAGUGGUAAAUAUUCUCCUGACCCGGCUCCUGUUUUGCGGGUUGCCGGUGUUGAUAUAGCAAACCCACUAGAUGUUGCCAAUGAAAUUGGCAAUCAUCUGGUCCGUAUUUCUCAGGGACUCCAUCUAUGCCCCUCAUUUCUUUCCUCAAAGUCUGCCAGAGAGUUAGCACCCUUGGACUUUUCUUCUCUCAGAGAAGAAUAGUAUAAUGUGCCUUUUACACUUCAAGAACUGGAGGCGACACUCUCAGCUUGCCGAUCAUCGGCAGCUGGGCUCGACGACAUUCAUAUUCGUAUGCUACAACAUUUACAUCAGUCAGCCCUUGCAGUCCUAUUACGCCUUUACAAUCUUAUUUGGUCACAAGGAGUUCUUCCACAGCUGUGGAAAUCCGCCAUUGUUCUCCCUUUCCGCAAACCAGGCACUACGGGACAUGAAACCUCCCACUAUCGUCCCAUUGCUCUUACCAGUGCAGUUUGCAAAGUGCUGGAACGCCUAGUAAAUAGACGUUUAGUGUGGUAUUUAGAGACACACAACAGUCUCUCCACUCGUCAAUAUGGCUUUCGUAAGGGACAUUCUACCAUAGACCCCUUACUACACUUGGAUACGUAUGUUCGUAAUGCCUUUGCGAAUAACCACUCAGUUAUUGCCAUAUUUUUUGACCUUGAGAAGGCAUAUGACACAACUUGGAGGUAUAAUAUUUUAGCGCAAGCCCACUCCUUAGGCCUUCGAGGCAAUCUACCAUCCUUCCUUAAGAAUUUUUUAACUGACAGGCAUUUCCGUGUUCGGGUUAAUAAUGUGCUCUCCCCAGACUUUAUCCAAGCUGAAGGUGUCCCCCCAGGGAUGUGUUCUGAGCACAACACUUUUUCUCCUUGCUAUUAAUGAUUUGGCCUCUAGUCUUCCAUCAAAUAUUUGGUCAUCACUCUAUGUUGAUGACUUCGCUAUUGCCUGUGCAGGUGCUGACUGUCACCUUAUUACAGUUUCUCUCCAGCAUGCAGUCGACCGUGUUUCCAAUUGGGCCACCACACGUGGGUUUAAAUUUUCCAGCACUAAAACCCACCAAAUUACUUUCACUAGACGCUCUGUCAUCUCCGAUCAUCCUUUGUACCUCUAUGGCUCCCGUAUCCCUGAACGUGAUACAGUCAAGUUUCUGGGCCUCCUCUUUGAUCGUAGGUUAUCCUGGAAACCUCACAUUACCUCUCUGAAGGCAACUUGCCACAGCCGGCUGAACCUCCUUAAAACCCUUGCUCAUCUUUCAUGGGGAGCUGAUCGUCGAACCCUCCUUAUCCUACAUUCCACCCUUAUCUUAUCGAAACUUGAUUAUGGUGACCAGAUCUAUUCAGCGGCAUCUCCUGCUACUCUCUCUAGCCUUAACCCCAUUCAUCACCAAGGAUUACGUUUAUGCCUUGGUGCUUUUCGCUCUUCCCCUGUCGAGAGCCUCUAUGCAGAAGCGAACGUUCCAUCCUUAUCCGAUCGCCGUGAUGCCCAUUGCCUUCGCUACUAUGUACGCUUUCAUGGUCUCUGCAAUCCUUCCAUUUAUAGAAUGGUCACUGAUAUUAGUAGACAUUAUUUGUUUGCCGCCCCUGUUUACUCCGUCCCUUCUCUCUUCGCCUUCAUUCGCUCUUGUCUUCUCUUCAAUUACCACCUUUAUAUGUACAUGUAGCAUUUCACUUUUCCCUACCCCCUUGGGAAGUUCCAGCUGUUCGAGUGUGCUCUCUCUCUCUCCCUUGCUCGAAAGCCCAACUGUCUACGGUCGCUUCCCGCUCUCAUUUUCUUGACCACUUUCACUCUCAUUCUCAUGCCAUUGCUGUGUACACAGAUGGCUCUAAGUCUUCUGACGGCGUAGGAUUCGCAGCAGUGUUUCCGGACAGCGUCAUACAAGGGCAUUUACUAUCUUCGGCUAGUAUUUUUACUGCUGAAUUGUAUGCCAUCCUUACAGCACUUAUCCGUAUUGCAUCUAUGCCUGUGUCAUCAUUUGUGGUUGUCUCAGACUCCCUUAGUGCUUUACAGGCUAUACAGAAAUUUGAUACACCUCACCCCUUAGUCCUCCGUAUCCAACUUUGGCUACGCCGCAUCUUUACCAAGCAUAAAGAUAUUUUUUUUUGUUGGGUCCCUGGUCAUGUUGACGUACAGGGCAAUGAACAGGCAGACACUGCUGCGCGGUCAGCAGUACAUGACCUACCAGUUACAUGUAGAGGUAUUCCAUUUACGGACUAUUUUGCUGCAAUAUCUUCCCAACGUCACACCCGUUGGCAACAACGUUGGUCUACUAUGCUCGGCAACAAACUUCAAUCUAUUAAACCGAGUAUAGGUUACUGGCCAUCUUCUUAUCACCAGUGUCGAGGUUGGGAGACUACUCUCUCCCGUCUUCGCAUUGGCCAUACUCGUCUUACUCAUGGAUAUCUCAUGGAGAGGCGCCCUGCUCCUCUCUGUGAGAAUUGCCAAGUUCCAUUAUCAGUCAGCCACAUUCUGUUGGACUGCCCACUUUAUCAACGAGCACGCAGAAUUUACCUCCGUCGUCGUCUUCGCUCUGCUGCUCUCUCUUUACCUUCCCUUCUCGCUGAUGGACCCACCUUUCAUCCAGACUCUCUCAUUGACUUUUUGACAACAACUGACUUACUUCACAAAUUCUGAUACCUUCAGCCCUUUCUACUUCAAUCUCUUGCUACCCCCUACCCCCGUACUAUCUCCUGCCCCGCUGUUUUCUGUAACCUACUGAUCAUCCCUCCUCCCUUCUGCCAUCCAAUACCCUCGCUUCCUUCCCUACCCUGCAGCGCUGUAUAGCCCUUGUGGCUUAGCGCUUCUUUUUUAUUAUAAUAAUAAUAUGGACUGGGAAGAUUCUAGAGUGAGAGAGUAAAUGGUGGAUGUUUUCUGCUGCUGCCGGUGUUGCCAUCACUUGCCAUAUUAUGGCCUAUUUUAUUCAUUCUAGAGUAUAUAUCAUGUUUCUAUGUUAUUAAUAUUUUUUAUCAUGUCAUACUAGAUAAAUUGUGAUAGAUAACUAAGCCGUAGAGUUGAUAUUAGCAUUAUUUUGUCAUGCCUCCUGAGAGGCUGGAACGGAUUAAUUGCAUUUCAGUUAAUUUAAAUGAGGAAAAUUGACUCAGCAUACGAACAAAUCAGGAUACAAACAAGGUCACGGAAUGGAUUAGAUUCGUAAGCCGAGGUUCCACUGUAUUUUUUUUUUUACAGAUUUACCAAUGUUGAAAACUGAAUAUAGUUAUUGACUUGCUUUUACUAAGGAACUAAUAUAUUAAUAUACGAAAAACGUGCAAGUUGUAUACCAGCAAGUAUUAUAAAAAUAUACAAAUUCCAAUAGACUCCAAAAUUGAGUCAUGAUCUAAUACAGCUAACAUAAUGCCAGAAUAAAAACAAAUCUAUAUUUUAUGUACUUUUACCCCAAAUAACAAACAUGGCACAUUUGCAUCAACUGGUCACAUGUAAAAAUUUAAUGCAUUUCAUAAAACAGCAAUGGAGGCAUUUUCAGGAUAUUUUCAAUAAAUUAAUUUCAUUGCAUUUUGUUCUUUAUUUGAUUAAUCACAUUCUUUAACCCUUUGACUGUUUCCGUUGUAUAGUAUAUACGUCUUACGAGCCACCGUGUUUGACGUAUAUAUACUAAAAAAUUCUAGUGGCUUCAAAUCAAGCAGGAGAAAGCUGGUAGGCCCACAUGUGAGAGAAUGGGUCUGUGUGGUCAGUGUGCACCAUAUAAAAAAUCCUGCAGCACGCAGUGCAUAAUGAGAAAAAAAAACUCCGACCAUGUUUUUGGAUUAAAAUGCCAACUUUGCGGUGUAUUUUCAAAUAGUAUUUAUGGUUGUAUUCUCGUUUUCUUGGUCUCAUUUGAUAGAAUGGAAAACAUACUAUAGAUUGAAAACAUACUAUAGAUAAUGAUUGGUUUUACUAUGAAAAGAACCUUGAAAUGGAGCUCAAUUUAGGGGAAAAGUUUGAUUUUUGCUGAUGUUCAAAAGUAAACAAAUGAUGUCAUUGUCCAAUAAAUGUCCAACUAACCAUUCUAAUAUGCAGUCAUGAAUGGGUUGACACUAUUUAUACAAUUAUUACAAUAUUGCAGUAGUCUGCAUAACAGUAAAUCUUCUAUUUUUUGUUUGAAUAAAAAUUCAAAAUAGAAAGCAAUAGUAAUAACAGAGGGGCCUGGAGACAUGACUGAUGAACAGAGAAAAUGUUAUUUUAGAGCCAGGAAUGUCUGCAUUGUUCAUUCUGGACCCUAUUUUGAAAUUGUCAUAUUUUUUAAUUUGCGUGAAAUUGGCCAAAUUGAAAAUUUCUGACCAUGUUAUUGGGUAUUUGAAAUCGGUAAAUGGGCAGUUUCUUGUACUCAGUCGAUAGAACAAAUGGAGCUCUAAAGAAAUAGUUAUGAGUUUGGUCAACUAGAACAAUGGAAUUAGCUGAAAAUAGGGCUCAAAGUGGGCGAAAUCGUCAAUUCGUAAAUAUCGCCAAGGUCGCUUACUUUGCGAGAGCGUAAGUCCGCACGUUUUCCAUCAAAUUUCAUUCUUUUGGUGUCAUUACCAUUGGGAAAAGAUUCUCUAUCAUUUCAUAAGUUUUUUUUUUUUUUUUUUUUUUUUUUUUCAAAAAUUUUUCGACACCAGGAAACACCUCAGGAUUUGGGGUUGUGACAGUCAAGGGGUUAAAGGUUUAAGUCAUUCAUACCUCUGAUACUUCCAUAAAAAUUUUAUUGCAAUAGGAAAAGUAUAUCGCCAUUUUUUCCAGACUAAAUUUCCAAUAUAGGAGUGUAUGAGGACCUGGGGGCUUGCUUACUGAACAAAUUGCUUAGCAGCUAAUCUUUCUGGAAUGCAUCACAGUCACUGAGUGGAGGAUUACUGUACAUAUUUUAAUUUAAGAAUGAGAUACAGCACAAUUUUUUAUUUUGUACCAAUAUUUUUGUAUAGGUUGUCAAGCGCUUGAAAGUAUUUGUUGUACAUCAUGCAUUUGCAGUGUUCUCAUUUACUUAAAUGUGCAUUCAUGGUCAUGAAAGUGACAUGUUAUUUUUUAUUAGCAUAAACAUGUGAUACUGUAACAAUAGAAUUAACUAAAUUUAACAAAAUGUAGAGUUGAUUUAUUUUGUUUUCAUAUGGAUUUUAAAUGUGUUGCAUCAUUAUAAGAACUAAAUUAAGAUUAAUGAUGAUAUUUUGUAGAUAUGUAAUUUAAACUUGUUAAAUGAUGUUAAAUAAGCUAUAGCAUUAUCUUCGUACAUGAAGAGCAGUUUUAAGAAUAAACUUAGCUCUCAUUUUAUGUUACUAGUCAGUGCCAAGUGUAUGUUUAUUGUAUACCGAGUUACUCUUCCAUGGUAUUAAGAGUGUACUUGGAAUCAGUAUUUAUGAUAUAGAUUACAGUUUAAUAACUGACCAGUGUAAUGUAUGUGAUAUUUUUAAUGUUCCUUAAUGUAAUUGAGGAUUUGCUUGGGAGAAAUGAUUACUUUUAUCAAAGAGUACUUAGCAAUAUAUUGUAUGUGAGAGUACAGGUAUAUUCAAACCUAUAGGAUUUUUGGGGUGAAUAGUGAAAAAAUUAAGUUGAAGUUUUAUUACUUUGUUUAGAUGUAUGUCUGUGUUAUUGUAUAACAGGGAAAGUUGUACAAAUUUCUGUACUCAUUGAUUUUGCCAAAUGACUUUGAGGUUUUGCCCUUGUAAAGCUUUCAUACUUUCCUAAUGAGUAAAAGGUAAAAUAACUUUCAGAGGAUAUAAAUUAACCACAUUGAAGAGAAUAUGAAUUUUUUUAGUUAUUAUAUAUGUAUUGCUGUGAAAGGUGAUACAGUAAUGGUCACUAGCUUCCAUUAGUUCUGACCUGUUUCAGACACUGCAUUAAAAUUGAUAGUGUGAUUAACCUGAUAAGAAUGAACAAUACAGUACGGAUAUGUUGGACAAACUUAGAAUUAUUAUAUAUGUAAAUACGUAUUCUAGACUAAAAAUUUUUUGUUUUUUUAACACCGACUGUCUCCCACCAAGGUAAGGUGACCCAGAGAAGAAGAUGCUUUCAAGAUCAUUAAUUCAAUCACUGUCUUGUCAGAAGUGUGCUGAUAUCACAGCUCAGAAAUGUAUGUCGAGUAAAAAUAAAAAAGCAAAUUGUU